AUGAAGCUCCUCUCCAUCGCCGCUCUCGCCUCUCUGGCCGCCACCUCGGUCAUGGGCGGGAAUUGUCCCAAGGAGUCCACCUGCAUUCAGGAAGAAUGCUCCAACUUCCAAAUCAGCAAGCAUGUCAGGACCGCCGAGAACGUUUUUGAGGAAACCAAUCUCGGUAACCCGAUUCUCGAGGCGGACUGCAUCGAUCGUCACGGCACAAAAGUCUUUACCUGGCUGAAGCUCAAGCAAUGCCUCGUGAACCGCAAAGGCCAGAUGUACUGGGGUUACAACGGCAACUCCAACUGUCGACAAUGCAGUAUCAAGGAGCGCAAGUCCAAUUCUGAUCCCGUCAUCAUGUCCUGCUGGUGCCCCGACGGCAAGACAGCGUUCACCGAAAUCAACCUCUCCGAGGGCAUCUGGCAUUACGAUGGCGUCAUCGGCUGCUUCGCCUGGGACGGCCACAAACAGCCCAUCGCGCCGGUGAAGAAGCGCUCCGUCCCCGAGAUCCCCGCCGAAGCCGCCGUCGAGGCCCGUGACAUCGACGAUCUCUCCGCCCGGGACCCGGGCCUCACGGACGACCCCGUCGGAGCCAACCACCACCGUACCCCCGCCGAGCCACGAGACAACAAGAUCCCCUCCCCCCCUAUCAGGGCCCCUUGGCCUCAAUGGCCUCGCAUCCAGCCCCCGAAGAUCCCCUUCGUCCCCCGAUCUGACGCCACCGUUGAAGAGGAGGACCCCACGAUCGUCGAGACCCGGGGUGACAAGACACCCUCCCCACCUAUUAGGGCCCCUUGGCCCCAAUGGCCUCGCAUCCAGCCCCGGAAGGUCACCGUGUCCCCCCGAUCUGACGACGUCGUCGACGAGGAGCCCGAGGACGUCGAGGUUGGCGGGACCCGGCGCUUCCGCCGAUUUUAA